UGUAAUGUCUUUGGUCGGUGAGGUAAAUCCGGCGGUGAUAAAAUAAAUUAACUUUAUUUAACUUUAUUUGAACUUAUUUUAACUUUAUUUAACUUUAUUCAAUUAGGUUAUUGUAAGUAGGCUUUUUUUUGAUAGAUGUGUCAUGAGUCAUGACAGAUUGAUGCCGGAUUGUUUUUUUUUUUCUGAGAAAAAAAAAAAAAUUUUUUUGGGUUUUUCUCUCUCUCUCACCUUUUCACCUUUUUUUUUCUUUUUGUUUCAUUUCUUGCAUUAUUUCUUGUAUUAUUUCUUUGCAUUAUUAUUUAUUGCAUUAUCAUUUUUUCUUGCAUUUUUUCUUUCUUUUUUGUUCAUUUAAUGAACAUGUUUGUAAAUUUUGUAUGAACUUGUUUGUUUGUUUUUUU